UUCGGACAAUCUGCGGCUCCCGUCUCACUCACGGCUAAAGCUAACGCAUAAUUACAUUUCCCCACGUAAAGGAUUCGUUCACGGACACGGACGGGAUUUCAACCGAACGACUUUCUGACAAAGUGUGUGCGUGUGUGUGUAAAGAAGAAGGAUCUGCGACGUGAACCUUGUUUACCCAGCAGGUGGAUGUGACGUCACGGUCCUGGAACAUCAGAAAAUAACAACAUCCAAAUCCGCGUUUUUUUUUCCUUCUCUUUCAAGCCGCGUUUUUAAAAUGUCAUAGCCAUAAUUAUAAGGAACCCUGUUCUCUUUUACGAGGAAGUAUGCACUGUCCAAACCCUGCUUUUCUUUUCCCCACAUGAAACAUCGCUCUCUCCCGUCAACGGCAGCAGCUCUUUUUUUAGUGUCGAACUUAAGUUAGGUCCCCGGGCGGAGUGAUAUUGUUAGUGUUUACAGUGUGGUUGUUGCACGCUGCACAUCUCAUUAUCUUAGCGAAUUAUAUCCUCCCUCCGCGUGCACCUACAGUACCGUUGUCGAUCACGGGCCGAAAGUGCUGUCUUUAAUCACCCAACCCCCUCCAUGUUCCAGUCCUCCCAAGACUGUGAGCUGAACUCUGAUUGGAGGAAUGGAACGCCCGUCCGCCCUGCACCAGUGAACAGUGGAGCCUCCAGCGAGGACAUCCUCUGGCGCCGCAGAUCAAAAGGCAGGCAAUCUGUAGCAACACCAAUGGAAUCGAAGAUUACUCGAAAUAAGCAAGUCCUUGCAGAAGGACCUGGAGUCAUGAUGCAGGACCCUGGGUCGGAGACGACCAGCGACGGCCCAGCCAAUCAGAACGGUGGCGGCCCCGCAACAGAGGGCGGAGCCAGGGAAGGCCCGCCCAAGAGCGCCACGCCGACGGGGGAGGUGAGCGCGGCGGACAUCCUGCACCUCCAGCAGCACCAGGAAGUGGUGUGAAAAAGUGAGCCUCCAUGGCAACAGCUGAAAUGGUGUAAACAAACAAGAGGCCCAGGAUCGACGUUGAGGGAGUUGCGUCGGUGCGCGGCUCCCUUUUGAAGCUGUUGUCUCCGGGACAUUCAAGUCCGUGCACAUCCAUUUCUCAUGAUGUACGGGCAAUAACGAUAGCCUGUUUGUACUACCGCUCAGGUUUAAGCAUGCUGUUGAUCGCUCCGGUGCAAAAAUGUGGUUGCAACCCAUGCAGCUGUGGGAUAUUAAAUAUUAAUAUCCUGUUUUUCAAAAAGGACCCCCUUUAGUUCGCAGUUUAAGCCGUUCCUGAGAUUUCAGCCUUUUAAGACGAAGGCAACCCAACGAUAUCUUAAAAGCAGCCAUUAUUUUGCACAGUAACGUAUAUAUAGAGAAGGGGGAUACAAGAAAGUAAAUACAUAUAGUUUCCCUUUUUAUCUAUUCAGUUUUGCCCCUCUACCUUGGGGGUUGCGUGCAGGAGAGAGAGCCACACAUACACUAUCACAUGAAUAAUCACACACACACAGUGGUGGCAGCAGAUAGCGCUAGCGCUGCAUUGACACAGCUAGUGUUUGCAUAAUGCAGAGCUUACCAGGCCCCUCGCUGGAGCCCCUGAAGGUAGAUGGAGGUGCUCCUCAGAUGAGUCGUUUCUGGACUGGUUCCAUCCAGCUCAAGUGGUUGUAGUCGGGGUAUCAGGGGGGCGCCAGGAGAUAAGCACUGUGAACCAACACAUGCACACACACAGUGGUGACUAGGGAUGGAGAUCCAAACCCGCUUCUAUCAAGGACCCGGUUCCACUUUUUUCAAAACCCGAAAAUCAUUAACGUUUGGGCUUAUUGAUACCACUAUCGAGUGCCGUCGUUCAUUUAUUUAUUUUUUUGUCCCUUAGGUCCUGUAACGUAAUGUUGUGUCCCUCGAGUCGCGUCACGGCAUUUAAAUCAAAUCAAUCCAAUCACUGCGGCGUGUCCACCAAUGUUUUUGAAUGGAAUUGUAAGCAAACAGGUAUUACAAGUGAAGCCUGGCAGUUAACUUUGCUCGCGGAUUUUUUUUUAUUGUAAAGGGGGGACACAACCUCAAUGGCCAAGCACAUAAGCAUUGUGCAUCAUAUAAAGACCAAUUGCAGUACCUUUGACUGUCUCUGAGUUGAAAAGAUUCCUGUCUCCUCCUUCUCCUGUCACACCACAGACCGGCCCGUCUUAAUCAUCCACUCAAAGUACGAGCGGUAAUCGCACAAACAGACAUUAUCGCUAGUCCCGUCAGUUAAAAAUAGUAAUCCAAUUGUGAAAUCUGUGUUGUAAUCGGCAGCAUACAAGCUAGUUAUCUUAAAAAGUUAAUAAAGUUUCAGAUGUGAUGAUGUGUUAGGUUGGCUCAGUAAAACGACUGAUAGGUUAUCAUGAUUCGUUCAAAUGUAAGAGAGUAACGUUAAAUUUAGUUUUUGGUGAGAAACAUGAGUUAUACUGUAUUGCUCAUGUUUCUGUAUUAAUAAUACAGUUGUAUAGUGCUCUAUUCAUUUUAGUAUAUAUAAUCAAAACUACUGAUGUCAAUAUUUAUUAUUUAUUUCUUAAAUAUUUUCCUCAUCACGAAGAACGCGGCGUAUUUCCACCAAUUAAUAAAAUUGUUUCAACAGUGGUAUCAAUAGAGGUUCGGAUUGUUAAGGAGUAUCGAAAAUGGUAUCGAUAUCAAUAAAUAUUAAUGAUCCCUAUCCCUAGUGGUGAAUACUAACUAUUUAUUUCAUUGGCCGAGGCUUUUAA